AUAUAGUAUAGUUAUUGAAGACAUUUCACGGAUGAAACAUCUUUUAAGUUACAGUAAUUGUGUUAAUCGAUAAAAUGGCUCUUUCUAAAACAAGUCUAUCUUCUGGAACUCUAACGAACAUCAAUGAACAGGACUCAUUUGGACUUACAGUGCCACUUUCUCCACCGUCUAGUGAGACGGGCAACGAUGGAUCUUCGCCUAACGCUAGUCCAGUCAAAGAAACCAAGCCCAUAUUUUCCUACAUUGCUCUGAUUGCUAAAGCAAUCUUGAAUUCAUCGGAAAGCAGACUUCUUUUAUCCGAUAUCUAUCAGUAUAUUAUGGAUAACUAUCCCUACUAUCGAAAUAACGACAGGAGUUGGCGCAAUAGUAUACGCCAUAACUUAUCGCUUAAUGAAUGUUUUAUAAAAAGUGGGCGAAGUAACGAUGGGCGUGGCCACUUCUGGGCUAUUCAUCCAGCUAACGUUGAGGAUUUCAUGCGUGGAGACUAUCGUCGACGUCGGGCACGCCUUCGAGUCAGGGCGACCAUUACUGCAAAAUCAUACGAAACACCUUACUAUCCUUAUAGUACACCAAAUUGCGUGUAUGGAGGAACAGGCUCUUACGUCACGAUGAGUAGGAGUGUGUCAUCCAAUAGAGUACCAUAUACGACUUCUCCAUAUAUGGCGCCUAAUUCACUGUCACCAUACGAUAUGAUGCCUUAUAAUACUACUGUUUCUUCAGUUGACUCGGUAAUGUCAAUGCCUACUCCCUCAUUGUUCACCCCAUCAUCUUCUUCACUUACUGGCAGUUCGUCAAAUACAGUCUGCUCGACUAUGACAUCACAACAUUCUCAACAAGCUUCAGAGAUGGAAACAAGUAUGCACGUCGCUUCUAUAACGCCCCCAUCAAGCCCUGAAAAUCAAGCCAACGCCUAUAAGACGUAUUUCAACAGGGUAGCAACAGCGUUUAACUCAACGGAUUCGAUGAUUGCAACCACAUUGAAUAAUAAUAGUCAUCAAAUGUUUUCUCUUGGGGCACCAUACCCGACGUAUACUGUGUAAACGUGUACACUUUCUUUUUUAUUUAUAAGAACAUAUUUUAUAAGAACACUGAGGCAGAAAUGUCUUGAAAAUUAAGAACAAUAAGAACAAAUUGAGGCACAGCUGAGAUAAAAUUUCAAAUGAGGUCUGUAUUAAAAAAAAAAACUAUAAAAACCAACAAAUCUUAUCUGUACCUUGUGCAGCAGGCGUGACUGUAUUAUCCUCUAUAAUACAGUACAAUAAUACUGCUGUACAAUAAUAAUUGUUUAUGUUUGAAAAAUGUGUAAAAUAAGAUCAAAAUCUGAACAUUUUGAACCUGAAAUGGGCAAAAGAUAAGAACACUAAGCCUGAGCCUUUUACUGGUUCUUAUAACAGAAAAGGUGUAUUUUAACAUAGUAGAAUAUUUCAAUCAAUAAAAGGAAUGAACCUCAUUGACUCGGGCUCGUUGUAAUCUUAUCUACAAAUAUUUUAUGUACAUAAAAUGAAUUUGAAUGCUUUAAAUAAUAUAUUUUUAAAAUUUAACAAAUAAACAUAUUCUUUGUAUAUGCUUUCAUUAUGAUAUUUAUCUUUAUAGGUCUAUUAUUACUGUAAUGAUUCUAGUAUUAAUUAUAUAAAAGUAAUUUAAGCAUAUUAAGAUGUCCACAAAGCAUACAAAAUAAAAGAAAUAUAGACACGAUCAACAAAAUGAUAGUGAUAGUUAUUCUGUAAAUAAAAGUCAAAGUAUGAAAA